AUGGUUCUACGGAGUACAAUCAAACUCCAUUGGAUUCGUCACGUAUAUUUCCCCAAUCCACUCUUUGCAAGCGCCAUCUCCUCCUCAAACCAACCUCUGAAUAGCUUGAGCCGGUUGGUUCUCUCCAACGCUAACCUCUUCCCCUCCGGAGUUUUCAUCAAGCCCUCCAACCUUUCCAGCUUCUCAAUGAAAUGGGCUAUCGUCUUCUGCAGAGGCCUUCCCGUCUUAAAGGCAGCACCGCCAUAUGUGAAGGUGCGACCAAUCCCUAUACUGCCUAUUGCCUCCAGACGAUCUGCGUCCUGGAUAAUACCGAGCUCUGGAACUUCUUGGACUAGCUUCCGUAUAUACUCCCGGGUUUCUUCUGACUCUAUUUCUGCGGAGUACGAGAUGUUGUUGACAAUGAUUUGA